AUGGCUUCUAGGUAUGACCGGGCGAUCACUGUCUUCUCCCCAGAUGGACACCUUUUCCAAGUGGAAUAUGCCCAGGAAGCAGUGAAGAAAGGCUCAACAGCUGUUGGAAUUCGAGGUACUGAUAUUGUAGUGCUUGGUGUAGAAAAAAAAUCUGUUGCCAAGCUUCAAGAUGAAAGAACUGUGAGGAAAAUUUGUGCCCUUGACGACCAUGUCUGCAUGGCUUUUGCAGGACUGACUGCUGAUGCUAGAGUAGUAAUAAACAGAGCCCGUGUGGAGUGCCAGAGUCAUAAACUUACAGUUGAGGACCCAGUCACUGUAGAAUAUAUAACUCGCUUCAUAGCAACCUUAAAGCAGAAAUAUACUCAGAGCAAUGGACGAAGACCUUUUGGUAUUUCUGCCUUAAUUGUGGGUUUUGAUGAUGAUGGUAUCCCAAGAUUAUAUCAGACUGAUCCCUCUGGUACUUACCAUGCUUGGAAGGCAAACGCAAUAGGCCGAAGUGCUAAAACUGUUCGAGAAUUUCUAGAAAAGAAUUACACCGAAGAUGCUAUAGCAAAUGACAAUGAAGCUAUAAAAUUGGCAAUAAGAGCUUUGCUAGAAGUUGUCCAGUCUGGUGGAAAAAACAUUGAACUUGCUAUAAUAAGAAGAAACCAACCUUUAAAGAUGUUUAGUGCCAAAGAAAUUGAAUUGCAGGUAACUGAAAUAGAAAAGGAAAAGGAAGAAGGAGAGAAGAAAAAAUUAAAGAAGACUGCUUGA